CCAUGGUAAUAUUGAUAUAAACACGCUGACGAUGCACCUGUCCGGGGAACGCAGGUUUUCUAUUGGCUCAUUUGGCUGUGGGAACAAACAACCUGCUCUAAUUAGGCGGCAUGAAAAUGUAAAUAACGUAAAUAUUCGGUUCGUGUAUUCGUGUUGAGCAUGGCUGACAGCGAUAUUCAUGAAGAGGAAAGUGGGCCAAGACGCCGUUACAAGGCUCCGUGGUCGCCGGAUGGCCCGGAGUAUGAUCCGUUGCUUCCAUACGGACCCAAAGUUUACCUUGCAAGGAAGAAAAAAGCCGAUUCUUGGUGGAUAGUGGCGCUCGAGGUACUCGUCGUUGUAUCAGUGAUACUAUUUUUCAUCUAUAUGUAUUAUUAUAUCGACCAUCUCCACUUUCACGUGACGCAUGCGUACGCGAGAUUUGGCAGUGGUACAGCACAGCAUCACGUCGCUCAUAAAUACUUACGAGGUCAUGGUACGGAUCAAGAUCACGAACAAGCGAUGUACUGGUUCAGACGAGCUGCGAACAAUGGCCACCCUGGCGGAGCAUAUAACCUGGUGGCAGCUCAUUUCCAGGGAUACAAAACAGAUUUAGAGGAACACGAGAUUGAAAACAUGUUGAAAGUUGCAGCAGACGGGGGGCAUGAAGAGGCGAAAAAAGCUUUGCGAGAAAUGUACCCAGAAAGUUACUAAUACUUGAUGUAAUGUGAACAUUUAAAGCCUACUUCAAUAUAGUAGCAUAAAUUAUAUACAUUGCCAUUGGAUAAAUCUAAAUACACUGAGACGGUUGUUUUAAGGUCGCUUAGCUUACGGUGGAUAAAACUUGGUGGUUCGAUGAAUGAAAAAACUUUUUUGAUGUCUUUAAUUAUUCUACUGUUUAGCGUGUUUACGGCUUUUGAACAACCGAUUUCAGCUGACUUGGAAAACAUUUUUAAUAUCUAUAUUAUAUAUCUAUACCACGUAAGAAACGAGCUCAAUCUGGACUAUUUCACAUCUACCAUAAGUAGGGGUCAGCAAAAACGAGUUUUCCCACCGGCAGUUUAUGAAACCGUUCUAUUAUAUGGGUAAGGUUAGACUGAACCUAGAGUUAACCUUGGUCAAAUUUGCAAACACGACCGUUAAACGACGAUAUUCGCUUUGUUUUCUGCAGUAAUUUUUGCAAAAUAAUUUAAUGCUUUUAAAAGAAUUACAUUGUUCUAUACAUGCUAUACAUGAAUAGCCUCGUACGAUAUAGUAAAAUACUGUAAAGUUGUAAAGAUUUUUAUUAAAUGCUUUUUAAGAGUCA